AUGCAUCAACGCGCGCUUCUUUUCUCUGCCCUUUGGUCGGCCGUUCACGCCCAACAGGCCGGAACGCUGACAGAAGAGAGCCACCCGGCUUUGACCUGGUCGAAAUGCACCUCUGGUGGUAGCUGCACGGAGCAAAAGGGCUCUGUUGUUAUUGACUCCAACUGGCGCUGGCUUCACGACGUUGAUGGCAGCACCAACUGCUACACCGGUAACACCUGGGACGAAACCCUCUGCCCAGACAACGAGGCCUGUGCCACGAACUGUGCCUUGGAUGGCGCAGACUACAGCGGCACUUACGGUGUGACCACUAGUGGUGAUGCCCUCACCCUGAAGUUCGUCACUGGUGAGAACGUUGGCUCUCGUUUGUACCUCAUGGACACCAGCGAUGAGAAAUACCAGACGUUUAACCUCAUCGAUAACGAGUUCACCUUUGACGUGGACGUCUCCGAGCUUCCCUGCGGCCUGAACGGUGCUCUGUACUUCACCUCCAUGGAUGCCGACGGCGGUGUCGAGGCGCACCCCGAGAACAAGGCCGGUGCCAAGUACGGAACUGGUUACUGUGACUCGCAGUGCCCUCGGGACUUGAAGUUCAUCAACGGAUUGGCCAACGUGGAAGAUUGGGAGCCCUCGGAGACCGACGAGAACGCCGGUGUUGGUGGACACGGCUCUUGCUGCCCCGAGAUGGACAUCUGGGAGGCCAACAGCAUCUCGAGCGCCUACACUCCUCACCCCUGCGACGACGUCAAGCAGACCAUGUGCGAGGGCGACAACUGCGGCGGAACCUACUCCAGCGAGCGUUACGCCGGUACCUGCGACCCCGAUGGAUGUGACUUCAACUCCUACCGGAUGGGCAACGAGACCUUCUACGGCCCCGGCAAGACGGUUGACACCAAGGAGAAGAUCACCGUCGUGACCCAGUUCAUUUCCGGCUCCUCCGGCUCUCUGUCUGAGAUCAAGCGAUUCUACGUGCAGGGUGGUACCGUGAUCCCCAACUCCGAGUCCAACAUCGAUGGUGUUAGCGGCAACUCCAUCACCUCGGACUUCUGCGACGCGCAGAAGAAGGCCUUCGGUGACGAUACCAUCUUCCAGGACCACAACGGUCUCAGUGGCAUGGGUGACGCUCUCGGCGCCAUGGUCCUCAUCAUGAGUGUCUGGGAUGACCAUUACUCCAGCAUGAAGUGGCUCGACAGCACCUACCCCGACGGUGAAACCGGCGCCGGCACUGCUCGCGGUACCUGCGAGCCCGGCGAGGGUGACCCUGACAAGGUCCGGUCCGCCCACCCCGACGCCUCCGUCACCUUCUCCAACAUCAAGUUCGGCCCCAUCGGAUCGACCUUCGAUGCCCCCUCUUCUUAG